CAACAACAAUAUGUCGUCACUGCUUUUUCUCCGUGCCAUUUCUGCUUCCAUUUCCAUUUCCAUCUCGAUUCACCCAGGAUCCUACCUGCUGUCCAUCACGAGCUGUCUUUUGUUCGCUCGCAUCUAACAUUACUCCGUAAAUCCAAAACAACCCCCAAAACUCUGUUCCCCCACGUGCCUCGCCUCCCCUUCUUCUUGUCGUGUGUGCUGCCUUCGCCUGCAGCUUCAACUCACCAAUUCUUGAUCAUGCUCUUAUAACGACAUUCACUGUUUCACAUCAUCAUGCCGUCCUUUUGGCCCUGGAAGGGCGAGGACUCUUCCCCAGCCUCCUUCGAGAAGUCCUUGUCCACUCUUUCUACAAAGAUCGCCGGCACCCAGCUGCAGCUUGACCAGCAGCGCAACAGCUCACGCAGGAUCAAGUUCUUGGGCACACUCUACCUCGUCAUCGCCUACUUGAUCUAUGCCAUCGUCCUGCUGCUUGUGGUUGGACACAAAAACCUGGCCGCUUGGGAUUGGUCUGGCCUGGCCGGUGGCCCCGUAUUGAUCUAUCUCGUCCGCGCCCUCAUCGUCACCUACUACACUUUCCGUAUCGAAAAGCUCGAAACAAGGAUCAAGGCUCAACAAUCCGAGCGUUCCAAGACUAUCCAGAAGUUGAAGGAUGCUACCAAAUACGACACUACCUUGGAGCUGCUCGAGAAAUAUGGCGGUGAGAGGCCAAAGCCCAAACGUACCAAAUCAGGACAGCCUGGCGAAGACAGCGGGGACACUGGACACAAGGCAUCGCACGGUCACAAGGGCGGUCGACAGAGUAUAGGGCCCGCGCCUGGCGCAAGAAUCAAUAUCCAACCCCCACCAACAGCCAACAUCCAAAGACCCUCAUCUGCAGCUGGCACUCCACACAACCACCACCUACAAGGAUCGCAUCUACAGCCUCCACAAUCUGCAUCUCCUACCAGCCACGACACUACUGCUGAAUUUGCACCCAAUGCCGGAGACCUUCCGCCGCCUUCCCACCAGUUUGAGUUCAAUGCCGGCCCCCCACGAUGGUACGACCGCGUUCUCGAUCUGAUGAUGGGUGAAGAUGAGACUGCCCCCAAGAACCGUAUCGUCCUGAUCUGCCAGAAAUGCCGCCUAGUCAACGGCCAAGCUCCCCCAGGCACCAAGAGCCUCUCCGAUGUCGGCCAGUGGAAGUGCAUGAACUGUGGCACCAUGAAUGGCGAGAUGGAUGAAGGAAAGAAGAUCAUAAGGGAGGUACUUGGGGUUCAAGACAGUGCUGAGACCGAUACCGAUGAGCUCGAGAGCGAAGCAAGUCUCGACGACAGCAAGGUGCACAACUCUGCCGCAGGAAACAAAAGAGAUACCAAGGCUGUGAGAAGGUCCGGUAGGAACAAAUCGCAGAUGGUUCCGUAAAACAUGUCAUACACUGGCUAUAAGCCAUUAGUAACUUCUCAGCAGGUCAAGGAACAUAUUGGUCAACGUCUUGCUCAAUGUCCAUGACAUAUUUGGCAGCACAAUGAGAAACCUAAUGUAGGCAGAAGACCAUCAAUCGAACCAACCGUGGCUUCCAGUCACCGUUCUGCGUCGCUUUUCCGAUUUUGCAGCUAUUAUCUCAGGGAGCUUAUAGCGUAUCAAGACCGCACAGGAAUCUGCGCCGCUCACCCCAUAUCUGUCGGCGAACUAGCGGCCGAAGAGAUGGGAUCUUAUGAAAGACCCUCACAUGAUUGCAUGGAGCUAGAGACACAUGACGACCCUUUGCAUGUGGUAGUAUGUAUGCGCACUGUCAUAGACACUACGAUAUAAAAUACGAAACAGUUGAAAAAUUCAUUCAAACA